AUGCCUAGAUCAAAACGUUCGAAACUUGUUACUUUAGCACAGACUGAAAAGAAGGGGAAAGAAAACAAGACUCGUUUAUUUGAUGAAGUUAGAUCUGCAUUAGAUACUUUUAAAUAUAUAUGGGUUUUACAAUUUGAUGAUAUUAGAACUCCAGUAUUACAAGAUGUUAGAAAUGAUUGGGUUGGAUCAAAAUUGAUUUUAGGUAAAAGAAAAGUAUUACAAAAGGCAUUAGGUGAAACCAUUGAAGAAGAAUAUAAAGACAAUUUACAUCAAUUAUCUAAAUUAUGUGAAGGUUUACCAGGAUUAUUAUUUACUGAUGAAUCACCAGAAACUGUUGAAGCUUAUUUCAAAGCAUAUUCCAAACAAGAUUAUUCUAGAGCCAAAUCUAGAGCACCAAUAGAUUUUACUAUACCUGCAGGGAUUGUUUAUUCUAGAGGUGGACAAAUUUCCAUAGAAGAAGAUGUUCCAAUGUCACAUUCUUUAGAAGAAACUUUAAGAAACAAAUUAAAAGUUCCAACUAAAAUCAAAGCCGGUAAAAUUAUUCUUGAAGAACCUUAUGUUGUUUGUAAUAAAGGUGAUGUUUUAGAUACUAGACAAGCUUUGUUAUUGAAACAAUUUGGUGUUGCUGCGAGUGAAUUUAAAAUUCCUAUUCUUGGUUAUUAUGAUGGAGAAGUACAUAAAUAUGAUAAUUAA